AUGCGUGAAAAUAUGCGUUCCACCCGCUUUGGUGUUGCUUCUGAGCAGCAACACGCCGAUGACCAGAUGGACGUCGACGAGAAUCAUCUCAACAACCAAGCUGUCACCUCUGAAGCUUCCCUCAACGAGGUCGCCGCCAGGCGUAUCCGUGACGACGCUAUGAACAACGCUCGUAAUGCCAUGGCCGCCAAUACUAUGACCGGCAAUCGCUUUCCUACCCCCGCCUCUGCUGUCCCCACAAGGAUGCUUCCUCGUUCCUCCGAGAAAACCGCUGGCUUGGAAUAUCUACUCAAGCAAGCAGACGAGGAGCCUGCCACGCCCUUCCCCGCAGUUAAUCCUAUUUCUCGUCGUGACGAUCCUGACGGCUCUCCACUCCCUGCUAGCUUCCGUGCUAGCCGUUCCGGGGGUCCGCGCUUGCAAUUGGAUGAACAUACAGCCACUCCAACCCAAUACGCGACUGCACACGGAAAGAAGUCGUCACCAGCCGUGGUUGAGGGUAGUACCACUCCUACUGAUGGACAGCCACAGACCCCUACUCUUCCGAAAAGAGGCAUCGCAGCCUUUAAUGCCAUUAAGAAAGCUGGCGGCGAAAGGUCCGCGGAGCUUGUUCGUCGCACCAAUGGAAGAUUCACAGCUGAGCAGCUCAAGUGGCUCGAGGACGGAUACCGUCAGUGUACAGACAUCAAUAAGCUUACUCAAAUGUUCAACGACCGCCAUCUCGACGAUCGCAGCAUUCAUGAGAUCAACGACACUCUGUACAUCAUCGUUGAGUUCACGCGUGGAGUCAACAAGGCCGGGCCUACGGAUGCUUGA